AUGUACUUUGAGCACUUUCAUGCUCAGCCUUACGCCUUGCUGUGUCAAGCAACUACAACUAGGGCGACAGCUUCGAUCAGUCCAGUCGUCCUCAACCCAAUGUUGGCUCUUAGUAUUCGUUGCUCCUCGCACCCAUUUUGGACAGACCCAUCGAAACUCAACAGCUGGUUGCAGUAUCUGACGGACCGAGCUUGGAAAGACCUACUGCAGCUGUAUGGAGAUGGCGAUACAGGGCUGCAGUACCUGCAAGGCCUAUGCCUCUUAGCACAGGUUGAUUUCGCCGAUGGUCGUGUGAGGAGAGCCCACUCUCAACUCUCGUUAGGCAUCAGAAUCGCCCAGUCAUCUGGAUAUUUGACUGACGCGGUCCUUAAUGAUACUGAAACGGAAGAAAUGGUACGUUGUACUUGGACAUUAUUCAUGCUCGACAGGACCUUCAGCAUCACCCGUCUUGUAUCACCGGCACUGCCAUACCAACACUUUCAACUGCGCAAGCCAAUUUCAGAAGGACGGCUAUCACGUGAAGCGACAGGCCAAAAGGCGACCACGAAUGAACCAGCAGCUGGUGAUCAAGAUUUAGGCGCCCUGAUCAUUGGUGUUUAUUCUAUCUGGGACGAUGUAUUGAAGUACGUCUUCCAAACCUCCAGCGACAACACAAUGCCGCCUUGGCAGCCUGGGUCUGAACUUGCAACUAUCGAAUAUAGAUUUGCUGAUUUUGAGCCACAAUUUUCUACCCAUCGAUAUCGUGAAGUUGACUUUCCUCGACAGGCCAUCAACAAACCAGGUUUACGACCAUAUUUCGCAUCUUGGCUUUGUUUUCAACUUACCUACAUGUCAAUCCAAUGUUUAGUGCACCACCCCUUCAUCAUGUUCAUUAAGCUCCAGCACGUGAUCAGAAAAGUCCCUCCAAGUUUCCUCCAGAAGUCAUACAAGAGUUCUCUCAUCCAUUCGAGAUGGAUUAUCAGAUUCUUAGAUGAGAUGGAUGAAGCUAGAAUGAUGCUUUACGAUCCGUUUAUUGGGUUUCUCGCCGCCAUUGCGGCGACUAUCCAACUCGAGCAUACUUUGAGCAAGCAUUCGGACAUUGCAACCGCCGCGAGACUCAGCUUUCGAAAUGCUAUAAGAUUUCUAAGAAAACUUGCAAAGUACUGGAAUAGUAUUCAAGAAUUGCUUGGAAUUGUUGAGGAGCUAGCCGCAAGACUUAGCAAUCGACGCACUCUUUAUUAUUCUCAGGACGACUACGAUGGGAUCUUACCGGCAGUUGAGACCGAAAGGGUCGGUCUUGCAGAAGAUGAUGCGACGCUGAUGUGGAAGGUGUUCGAUUAUGCAUCCAUGUCUGCUUCAAAAAGCAAUCGUAUUUCCGAUAUAGUCAGCAAAGCAAGCGAUCUUGACCAGGCCGAGCACCUUCCUCUUGCUCAAAAUCAACCACCCAUAAUCCCAAAUGCUCCGACCUCACAACAAUUCGUCCAGAACCCAUAUGCAAAUUCUUUGAACGGCGGGUUUCAAGAUAUGCAGAUCCCGCCUUUAGAGGAGAAUUUGGGCCUUCCAAACCCCCCUAAGUUUGACGAAUUGCCAGAGGAUUGGGCAUUUACGAUUGAUGACUGGACAUUGUUUGGAGCACCAGGCUCUACGUAUUUCUACAACAACGGCGCGUGA